CUUCUCAGAGUGCAAGCUAACCUCAUUCAUCGACCACAUUGUACGACAAAAAGAAUCAUUAUUCUGUUCCUCUCUCUAUAUAUUGGGAUUGUUUGCUUUAUAUAUAGAGACAAGUCCUUCUGUUUCCAUUAUCAUCCCUCACUUUGCAUGAGAACUUCUCUAUCUAUCUGUCCAUCGAUCUCGAUUUUCUAUAUUUGCUCUCUCACUGUUCUCCUUCUCUUUUUGUCCCAGCACGCCUUAGACAAGCAGAUAGAAACCACCCACAUAACAAAAUCACUCCUUUUCAGGCUCCAACCAAGGACCGCUUAGUCUGAUUCUGAUUCUGUAGAUGGAUCCUUCUAGUGAACAACCCCAGCAACCAUUUCAUGAGGCACUCAUACUGAUAGGAAUUUAUGUAUUAUGUUGCAGCAAAUGUCUAGCCAGACAGUGGAGAAGAAACCAAGGCCUAAUCCAGAAGAAGCUCUGAAAUGCCCAAGAUGCGAUUCCACCAGCACAAAAUUUUGCUACUACAACAACUAUAGUCUUUCUCAGCCAAGAUAUUUCUGCAAGUCUUGCAGGAGAUAUUGGACCAAAGGAGGAACACUGAGGAAUGUUCCAGUGGGAGGAGGAUGCCGAAAGAAGCGAUCAUCAUCAUCAUCAUCAUCGUUAAAGAGGGAUCAUCAUGAUCAGAGUUUCAAACCCAAUCUUAACCCACUGACUACAUUCCCUCAGCUGUGUUAUGGCUCCAAUGACUUCACUCUAGCAUUAGCAAGACUUCAAAAACAAUCAUGUGGGCAAUUGGGUUACAAUGACAGCGAAAUUUCUGCUCCGGGGAACCCCACAGGCUCGUUUUGUGACAUUCUGAGCAAUUCAGGCAUGAAUCCCUACUCAGACCACCCUUCAUUUUUGGAAGCAAUUCGAAGUGGGUUCCUUGAAACGCAAAGCCAUCUUCAGAAUUUGUAUUACAUGUACGGAAACGGGGACAUUGGGGAGGUAGAUAAUGGCAAUUCUGGUGGAGUUGGGAUCAGUGAAGAGAUGAUGCUCCCUUAUAAUCAAGCGAUGAGCAAUGCAGCCAGUCAAUCAGUGAGUGCAUUACUGAAGCAAGAACAGUGUGGUGGCAGUGAGCAAAGUGAAAGGAAGCUGUUGGGGGGUUCGCCAUGGCAGCUUAAUGCAGACACAAACAUCGGUGAAAUUGAUUCAGGAAGAGCAAUUGAAAGUUGGAACAAUUUCACAUCUUCUUGGCAUGGACUUCUCCAGAGUCCCCUAAUGUAGAACCCCAUCUGCAAGAAAAAUCACAAGCCACUUUCCUGACUAAAGUAUCAGUCUUUAUCAAACUGUCAAUCCUCUUUAGUAUUGGGUUAACAGGGAUAUCAUUCACUUGGAUCCUUUCUUUUCUUGUGUUUUUUUUUUCUGUGCUGUUAUCUUCUUAUUGAUGAAUAUGGAUAAAAUUUUAGAAGUAA